CAAAACUAGAGAAACACACGAGUAUCUUUCAAAAUUUUUAGCUACCAAAACCAUAUUGUUUUGGGAAUAUACCAUUCUUGAAAAUUGCACCAUCAGGGAGCAUAGCCCCUAGUUUCAUAAAUAAAUCAAGUAAUGGAUGAGGGACAAAAAAGCGCUCAAUAUCUGAAGUCUGAACAAGGACUUUUGAGAAGUUUCUGAAAUGGAGGAACAGGUCAAAACCAUAGAUCCAAAAGAAGAUCAGCAAGUAGUUUCUGGUUCCAGAAGAUUCCAAGAGAAACUGGUUGAUGACGAUCUUCUUGUUUCAAGUUCCAACAACAGUUCUACCAGUACUUCUUCUUCUUCUUUUUCUACUUCCAAUGAUUCAAAAGAUGAUGAAGAUCAAGGGUUUUAUGCAACAACCAAACCAACAGAGAAGAAUCACCUUCUAGGGCUCCUCAUUAGAUAUUUGAAACCACUGGAUUAUUCGAAAUCAAUGAUGUCAAUUCUGUUCCAUUCACCAACCAAAACCCACAACCAGUUCCUAUAUUGCACAAGGCAGCUGAAUAUGGAGUCUCAAAGACUGCAAAUUCAAGCCGUCGGAUCCUUUGGAUUACUAAUAAGCUCCGCCGGCCGUGCUGUUUGA